AUGAUAGGUGGAAAUGAAUCUUGUUCUACAGGACCAAUACCUGUGUCAUACAUAACCUGCCUGACUUACAUUCUGGGAGAAUGGACUGGUGUGGAGCAUAUUGAAGAUUAUUUGAGUUAUGCAGUCUACCUUUUAUGGGUGCUUUUUCCACUUGCAGUAGUUUUUCUACUUCCAGGAGUUAUUGUCAUCCUCUUCUACAUUUCCAUUCUCUUACUUCAUAUUUAUAAAAGAAAGAAUGAACUGAGGGAAGCUUAUUCCAGUGAUUUCUGGGAUGGUGCAAAACUAAUGUUAGCUGCCCUAUGGGAUGGACAUGGAAGAAUAUGGCAUGGUUAUGAGCUUCACGGUACUGAAAAUAUUCCUGAAGGACCAGGGCUUAUUGUGUUUUAUCAUGGAGCUACUCCUGUUGACUAUAUCUAUUUCACGGCUAGACUUCUUAUACAAAAUAAGAAAUACUGCCACGUAGUAGCGGAUCAUUUCGUCUUCAGAUUGCCAGGUUUUAAUCUAUUACUUGAGGUACAUGGAGUUUUACAUGGACCAAAAGAAGAAUGUGUCAAGAAUUUGCAGAAGGGCCGUCUGCUGGCCAUUAGCCCAGGUGGUGUUCGGGAAGCACUCUUCAGCGACGAGAUGUAUACGAUUCUCUGGGGUGAUCGGAAGGGCUUUGCUCAGGUGGCCAUUGAUGCAAAAGUGCCCAUCAUUCCUAUGUUUACACAAAAUGUUCGAGAAGGCUUUAGGACAUUAGGAGGAAUAAAAAUAUUUAGGACACUAUAUGAACGUAUUCGAUUGCCAUUAGUUCCUUUGUACGGUGGGUUUCCAGUCAAGUUUCGUACAUUUGUUGGAGAACCCAUUCCGUAUGAACCAAAUAUAACUGCUGAGGAACUAGCUGAAAAGUCUAGAAAUUCACUCCAAGCUCUAAUAGACAAACAUCAGAAAGUACCAGGAAAUAUAUUUAGGGCUUUAAUGGAACGAUUUCAAACACAAAAGAAAGAAGAUUAA